AUGAGAAAGAAAAGAACUUUAAAUGAAUUUGAGUUUGUUGAGAAGAAGGACAAUGGUAAAGCUUAAGAAGAAUUGGGGAAAGGUGCUUUUGGAAGAGUACGUUUAGCAAUUGAUAAAUUAACAGAUACAAAGGUAGCAAUCAAAACGGUAAUUAAAAGAGAAUCUAUUAAACUAGAUUCCAAAGAAAUUACUUAAAGAAAAUGCUUAAGCUGAAAAUAUUAAGAGAGAAAUUAAAUUACAUAGAAAAUUAGAUCACCCUCAUAUUGUUAAAUUGUAUCAUUCACUAGAAGAUGAUACAAAUGUAUAUUUAGUAUUAGAAUAUGUUCCAAUGGGAAACUUAUUUGUUUAUUUAAGAAAGCGUAAAACAUUAGAAGAGUAAGAAGCCUUUGUUUAUUUCUUGUAAACUGCAUUGGCAUUAGAUUAUUUACAUAAGAAAGGCAUUAUACAUAGAGAUUUGAAACCAGAAAACAUCUUAUUAGAUGCAUAUGGAAAUAUAAAGAUAUGUGAUUUUGGUUGGUCAGCAGAACUUUAACCAGAAAGAAAAACAUUUUGUGGAACAUUAGAUUACAUGUGUCCAGAAAUGCUAAACAGUUAAAAUCAUGAUCAUAGAGUUGAUAUUUGGGCUAUGGGUAUUUUAUUAUUUGAAAUGUUACAUGGUCAUGCACCUUAUAAUAAAAAUAGAUCUUCAUAAGAAGUAGUUAUUAAAGCUAUCUUAAAUGCAGCUACUACUAAAAUACCAUUUAAUGAUAUUAUUUCUAAUGAUGUCAAGGAUUUGAUAUAAUCACUCUUAAAAGUUAAUCCUUUACAUAGAUUGUCUAUGGAAGACAUCUUUAAUCAUAGAUGGAUUAAAUCUAAUGCUAGAACAUUAUCAAUUAAUAUACCAGAAUUUGUUUAUGAAAAAGGAGUUAAUGAAACUGUCUAAUCAAUUUAAGAUAUUUCUAUUGAUUUUGGAAAUCUAACAUAAUCAACUAAAAAUUGUAAUCCAUCAAUUUAAUCAAAUAUUUAAUAGAAAUAAGAUAAUCAAAAUUUCAAUUCUUAAUUAUUACCAUCAUCAUAACCAUCAAUAAAUAACUCAGUUUAUUCAUAAUAAUAAUAAUCAUAAUAAUAAAAAUAAUAAUCUACUACUCCUAAUAAAAAACCAUCAUUUGAAUAAUUAUUUUAAUCUAAUCAUAAUCCUAUUGCUCCAACACCUUAAUAUGAAUCAGCAAGUAAAUCUCCCACAAGAUUAACGCCUGAAUAAUAAAGAUAAAAAAAUGAAUUACUUGGAAUUAGUUCUAUGGAUAAAUCCAAACAAAUGGAAUAAUCCAAACAAAUGGAAUAAUCUAAAUAUAUGGAAUAAUCUAAUAGAAUAAAUUACUAAAUGUAAUAAAGCUAAGAUAUAUUAAAAUAAUCAUAAAUUAGAGAUAAAUCUCCAAAUGAAUCUAUGUUGAAUUCAUAUAAUUAAGGAGUAUCUCCUAAUAAAACUGGUGUUAGUCCCAAUAGUAGAAAACCUAUUAUAAGUGAUAAAAUGGCUUAAUCUUAAAUGAUUAUUAAUAAAUACACUUAGUAAUAAAAUAACUAAUCAUCGAUGUUCAAAAGUUAAGAUAUUGCUAAUCAAUAAUCAUUAUAAUCAGAUGAAUUUACUAAAUAUAUGUAAUAAGAAUAAGAAAGAAAAAGGAAAGAAGAUGAAUUUAGAAAAUAAUAAUUAGCUGAUUUAUAAAAACGAGAGGAGUAAAGAUUAAUAGAUGAAUAAAGAUAGAGAGAAGAAAAAUAAAAAUAAGAAGAAUUAGAGAGAUCAAGAAGAUUAAGAGAGUAAGAAUUAGAAAAUUAAAGAAAAAUUAAAGAAUUUGAAGAAGAACAGAAACGUUUAAGAGAAUAAGAAAAAUAAAGAAAAUAAAGAGAAUAGGAAGAAAUUUUAUAAAAAUAAAGAGAAUAGGAAUUGGAGAAAUAGAGAAGAGAUUAAGAAUUAGAAUAAAUGAGAAGAGAAAAGGAAGAAUAAGAUAAAUUAAGAAGAGAACAAUUGAGAAGAGAAUAAGAAGAUAGAGAUCGUAAAAUAAGAGAAUAAGAAGAAUAAAAAAGAAGAGAAGAAUAAUAACUAUAAGUAAAAAGAGAAUAAGAAGAAAGAUAAAGAAGAGAGUAAGAAAAAUGGGAAUAAGAAUAGAAAGAAAGAUUAAGAAGAGAGAAAGAAGAAUUAGAUAGAAGAAGAUAAUAUGAAGAAUAAUAAUAAGAAAAAAUUAAACAAUAAGAAAAAUAGAAAUAAUAAUAUGAAGAAUAAUUAAGAUUAUAAAAAUAAUAGGAAUAAGAUAGAAAGUUACGUGAAUAUGAAGAAUAGAAGAAAUAGUUGAAUAGAUCUAAUUCUAGAAAUAUUAGAACUUAAGAGACUGAAGAAGAGAGAUAAGCUAAAAAAUUGAAAGAUUUAGAAUAAAAAGCAAGAUAAGAAUAUUAAUAGCAUUUGAUAAAUUAAAGUACUAGUAGUUAUGCAAGUAAAUAAAUGGUUGAAAGCAAAUAAUAAAGAAGAUAGAUAUCUGAUGAUGAUCUUUUUAUUGCAACCAAUAAUAAUUCUUAUAUCCCUUAAAAAUAAAAGAAAGAAAUGACCGAAGAUGAAUUUGAAUUAGAAUAAAAAUUACAUAAUAUGCUGGUGUAAAAUCUUUAAUUAGAAAUACCUCCAAUUACAAAAACUUUAAAACCUGAUGAAAAUAGUAAUCUUGAUUGGGAUAUCAGUGUGAUUGAAUAAUAAUAGUAAAAAUAAACACCUUUAAUGGAAUAAUAUGAAAAUGUACAAUAAAAACAAGUUGUAAUGCAUUAGAUUUCAUAAAACAAUAAAUCUGUUUCUCCUAAUACUAGAUAAACUAGAUUUACUCCAAGAGUUACAAAAAUGGAAGAUAGACCUACACAUAUUAAUAAUAUGUUGGAUGAUCAAUUGGAUGAUUGGGAUUUAAGUGAAGAUCCUUAAGUUAAAUUACUUAAUCAAUUACUUGAGUAACCAGAAAGACCAAAAAAGGAAAAGGAAAAGGAAAAACAAAAUAUAAAUUCUAGUACUAAUAAUGGAUAUUCAUCAUAAUCUUAAUAGUAAAUUUCUGUAUCAACUCAACCUACAAAUAAAUUUAGUUUUGGUGAAAAUAAAGCCAAAUAAAAUUUCAAACCAGAAACAAUUGAAAAUGUAGAGGAAAGUUUUAGAUAAGAUAGAUCUAUGAGAAUGAAUACAUCUAGAGAUAGAAGUAGGAAUAAGAUACCUGCUAAAUCUAACCCUAAAUAUAAAUAAAUUUAAUAACAAUAAGAACCAGUUGAAGAAUAGUAUGAUGAAGAUUAAUUAGAAGAUUUGAAGAGAUCCAAAUCAUCCAAUUAAGAAAAUACUUAUGAUUAAAAACUUAAAUAAUUUUAAAAAUAUGACUAUGAUCCAUAUUCUGUUAAUUAUCAAAAUUAAACUCAAGAAUAGUAUAUUAAAAUUUAUACUUAUUUAGAUAUAAACCUAGAAAAAGUAGAAUAAGUGAAAGAUAAAAUAGAACUAUUCCUUAAAGACCUUUACAAGAAAUGGAUUUCUUUGAUAGACUAAAAUUUGCCUUUGGUUGUUUAUCCAGAAGACAAUGA